AUGGAUAAUCACAAAAAUAUCAUUGAUCGAGCUCGAAUUACAAUAUUUAUAUCGGUUUUUUUGCUUACAAUAAUGAGCAUUAUAUAUAUAUCGUUGUUUCUACGCAUUGAACGUACAAAGCAACAUUUGCAAAAACGAAUGGCAAUAUUAGAGGAAACAAAACGAAACAUUUGGAUAGAUGUUCUUGCAUUACGAAAAGCUCAAACUAUAAAACGAGAUGUUUAUCCGGAACAUCUCAUGACGAAUGAAUAUCAACAAUGCAUGUCAUGCAUCAGUUUACAAUGUCCACCUGGACCUAGAGGACCGCCAGGUUUAGAUGGAGAACCUGGUAUAGAUGGUCUUCCUGGUAGACCAGGUAAGGCUGGUAUCGAUGGAAUUGAUAUACUAGGUCAUGCUGAACCUAAUUUCCCUUGCGUAAUUUGUCCUGCAGGACCGCCGGGCAAUCAUGGAGAGCAAGGAGAGCAGGGUAGACCGGGUGCUCCUGGAAAAGUCGGACCACCUGGGUUGCCUGGUAAACCAGGGUUACCGGGUCGAGUGGGACCACCAGGAUUGCCAGGUAAGCAAGGUGAAGAAGGCGAUGCUGGUAUCAAAGGAUCACCCGGUGAUGAUGCUAUCGGUGGAGUGGGCAUCAAAGGGUUGCCUGGACCACCAGGACCUCGUGGUCCUAAAGGUCCCCCUGGACCGAAUGGUAUUGCUUCGAAUGAUGUAGGACCUCCAGGGCCUAUCGGUGAAACAGGACCUCGUGGCCCACCAGGAAAGCGUGGUGAGUCGGGACCGCCAGGGCCAAGUGGGCUACCAGGAGAAGUAGGCCCACCAGCAGGACAUUGUGAAUCAGAUUGCGGUAUCCAAGAAGUAAUAGCACCAUCUAUUCUGGAGUUAGAUGCCUAA